AGGCCAGUGGCAGCCUCCUAGCUUUGUAGAGCCGACUUUUUUUUAACAGGAGCCUGACUAGCUGCCAUUGGCCUUGACUCCCAGACAUGCUGCCAGCUUUGUGCAAAGUCCAGAUUGCAAGCCUCAGCUCAAAGACCGGGGUUAGGACACACACCACGACUCCCCAUCCUCAAGUGGCUGCGGAACUGAUCUCUCUCUAAGGGAAUCUCAUUUCCUAGACGUUGGAUCCCAGGGACAUCCGUGAAGCCGGGUGGGGCGACAGCUUUUCAGGCAAAGACAUUUUCAUCCAUCAUGUUUGCAUUGCAAGGUGCCCAGAUGUUGCAGAUGCUGGAGAAAGCUUUGGUGAAGAGCCUCCCUGAGUCCUUAAAGGUUUACGGUACCGUUUUCCACAUAAACCAUGGAAACCCAUUCAAGCUGAAGGCCCUCGUAGACAAGUGGCCUGAUUUUAAUACAGUGGUCGUCCGCCCUCAGGAGCAGGUGAUGACGGACGACCGUAAUCACUACACCAAUACUUACCAGAUCUACUCCAAGGACCCUCAGAAUUGCCAGGAAUUCCUUGACUCUCCGGAUGUCAUCAAUUGGAGACAGCAUUUUCAGAUUCAAAGUACGCAGUCCAGCCUGAAUGAAGUGAUACAAAACUUUGCAACCAUUAAAUCUUUCGAAAUCAUCUAUUCAAAUCACCUUCUCUAUAUGACAUCAGAGACAGUCAACAAACUGGUUCCUUCUUUGUUGGAUACGAAGAAUUUACCACCCACUGGUGGCAAGCCAAAGGCCAUCAAUCAAGACAUGUUUAAACUGUCCUCCUUGGAUGCUACUCAUGCUCCCCUGGUGGAUAAGUUCUGGUCUUACGGUGGCAAUGAGAAGAGCCAGGAGUUCAUCGCACAAUGUCUACGAAGCUUCCCAAGCUCCUGUGUCUUGGGACCCGACGGAACCCCUGUAUCCUGGACACUAAUGGACCAGACUGGAGAGAUGCGAAUGGGAGGCACCCUGACUGAAUACCGGGCUCAGGGCCUAGUCUCCUAUGUUGUCUAUUCACAGGCACAGACAAUGAACAGACUCGGCUUCCCUGGCUAUUCUCACACAGACCGGAAAAACAUAGCUAUGCAGAAAAUGAGUGACUCUCUGCACCAUAUCCUCAUGCCCUGCCACUGGAACCAGUGGGUCUGCUCUCCUCUGUGAAGCUGUCCAGAAACAUGGGGCAACGUGGGGUUGUGCCUGGGCGUGUAACGGGAGCAGUGGAUGUGGACAAAAAGAAUAAAUUUUAAUCAUCAGCAAAGGAAGUGGAUGUUGUG